AUGGCCUCGCAAGGCGGCCGUCCGUCGUCCGAGUUGAGCACAGACACACCGCCUCCAGGAGCUCCGGUUCGUCCCAACCCAGGAACUCUCAAAACCGAUCUCGACAUCGAAGCCGUCGCGCCGGAACAGCCCACAUCCUCAACACAUUUGAAAGCUGGCCCCGCAAUCGACUACACGACGAUUGUACAUGGGGCUCAAUUCGAAAAUGAGACAGUCGCCGCCCCCACUACCGUCGAAGCAACGCACCUUCGCCGAGGGCUGGCACAGCGCCAUCUUUCCAUGGUUGCCAUCGCUGGCUCCAUUGGAACGGGCCUUUUCCUUGGACUUGGCGGGGCCGUGCAAGUUGGCGGCCCGCUAGGCGCGCUGCUUGGCUACGCGAUUGUUGGCCUCGUGGUCUGCUCCGUCCAGUUCGCCCUCGGCGAGGUUGCCGCACUGAUGCCCGUCACGGGAUCCUUUGUACGCCAUGCGGAGACUCUGGUAGAUCCAGCAUGGGGGUUUGCAAUUGGUUGGAAUAUGGUGUAUGGGAACCUGUUGAGCAUCCCGAGCGAGGCAACGGCCGUGGUGGUGCUAGUGCGAUUUUGGUGGGAGGAUGUCAACGCGGCGUGGAUUAUUGUGGUGUUUAUCGUGUUGACGGUCAGCGUGGGGCUGGCAUUUGUGCGGGUUUUUGGCGAAGUGGAGUUUGUCUUCGCUUUGAUCAAAAUCUUGUUGGUCAUAUUCCUCAUCAUCUUGGGACUGGUCAUCAACUUGGGGGGGAUUCCAGGGACUGAGAGGAUCGGAUUCCGGUAUUGGAGGGAUCCUGGGCCCUUUGUUGAGUACAUCGCGACUGGAAACUGGGGAAAGUUCUUGGGCUUUUGGGCGGUCAUGACGGGUGCAGUCUUCUCAUUUGCAGGAGUCGAAUCCUUGGCAAUGGCUGCUGCCGAAACCAAGAAUCCGCGCAAGGCUAUCCCCCGGGCUUGCAAACGAGUAUUUGCACGGGUCGUCAUCUUUUAUAUGCUGGCCGUCCUGGUCGUCGGCAUGCUGGUUCGGAGCGACGACGACCGUCUUGAUGGAUCGGGCAGCAGCGUGGCUCAGAGCCCAUUCGUGCUCGCUGCGUCGCAGGCGGGCAUAUAUGCGAUACCCUCAGUUGUCAACGCUGUUGUGAUCACUUCGGCAUGGUCGGCUUCGAAUCAGGCACUGUUGGCAGGCACCCGCGUCUUGUAUGGGCUGGCCGUGAAGGGACAGGCGCCCAAAUUCUUUCUCAGGACAACGCCCUGGGGCACACCCUACGCCUGUGUGCUACUGUUCGGGGCUUUCAUGUUUCUCAGCUUCAUGAGCCUAUCAGAAGCAGCUAUCACGGUGUUCUGGUGGUUGGUGUCGUUGACAGCGGCGGGUGUGUUGGUUUCUUGGUCGUCCAUCUUGCUUAACCACAUACGCUUGCUCCAAGCUUUGAAGCGGCAACGCAUCGAGCCAAGUCGCUUACCGUGGCACAAUUGGUGGACACGGUAUUCCUCGCCGGUCGGCUUGUUUAUGUGCAUUCUUAUCCUUUUUACCGGGGGAUUCGCCGUGUUCACCGCAGGCAAUUGGGACCCUGCGCAAUUUGUUUCGUCAUAUCUGGACAUCCCCAUCGUGGUCACCGCAUACCUCGGGUGGAAACUGAUUAAGAAAACGAAAAUUGUGUCGCUGGAUGACGUUCCACUCCAAGAGGCUCUUGCACGAGCAGAGGAAUAUGACCCAGAAGAAGAAGUUCCCAAACAAAAGGGCUGGACAAGGGCAGUGAGCUGGAUUUGGGAUUAA